AGGCACUGAGUAAAUAGAAGGGCUCUUUUGCCCUAGGGAGGUGGGUCCAUCGAUGACCCCAGGGCAGAUGUGACGUUGCCUGUGGGUCAGCAAGGGACCCCCAUGUUUGGACACCUGGUAUCUAUCCAGCUGCUGGGGGAGUAGGAACUUGGAUGCCCGGAUUUUUUUGGUGGGGAGGGGGCAAGGGCUCGGACACCUGGGUUCCUCGAGGCAAAGCUGGAAUGCAACCCAGGUGUCCUGGCUGCCCUGACUGGCCCGGGAACCCAGGAAUCCUGGACCUGGUGCCACCUCCGCAAAGCCUCAGGGCUCCAGCUAUAAGGCCCCUCCGUGCCUAGUGCGGUACGAAGCUGGGGCGGUCCUCCAGCCGAGGAGCAGUACGGAGGAGAAGCUACGCUCUAGCCCAGGGGCUUUGUCUCGUUGGUGCGCACUGAGACCAUCUGCCCACCCCAAGCUGGUCGGCGCAUGCACGAGCUACCGCCUAGUGCGCCCCCGUCCGGGUUCCGGAAGUGCAUGGGCGCAUGCGCACCAGGCUUGACAGACGCUAGCGGCGAGCAUGGCGGCGCCCAGCCCGAGUUUUGCGCACAUGGGGUUGGACCCGCGUCUGCUGCAGGCCAUCGCGGAGCUGGGCUGGGCCAGGCCCACGCUGAUCCAGGACAAGGCCAUUCCCCUGGCCCUGGAGGGCAAGGAUCUUCUGGCGCGUGCCCGCACCGGUUCAGGCAAGACGGCUGCCUACGCCAUCCCCCUCAUCCAACGCCUGCUGCAACUCAAGCAGGGCCCAGCAGUGCAGGAGCAGGCAGUGCGGGCCCUGGUGCUGGUGCCCACCAAGGAGCUGGGCCGGCAGGCGACUACCAUGCUGCGGGACCUGGCCGCCUACUGCACCCGCCAUGUCCGCAUUGCUGAUCUCUCCGCCCCUACUGAGCCAGCGGCGCAGAGGCCCCUGCUGAUGGAGAAGCCGGACGUGGUGGUGGGGACCCCUGGACGGGUGCUGGCCCAUGUGUUAAGCCAUGGACUGAGCCUCCGUAAUUCACUGGAGCUGUUGGUGCUGGAUGAGGCUGACCUGCUGCUCUCCUUUGGCUUUGAGGAUGACCUCAAGAGCCUGCUGUGCCACCUACCACGGAUCCACCAGAGCUUCCUCAUGUCGGCCACUUUCAGCCCUGACGUAGAGGCGCUCAAGGAGCUGGUGCUGCACAACCCGGUGACACUGCGGCUGCAAGAGGCGCAGCUGCCAGGGCCGGCCCAGUUGCAGCAGUGGCGCUUGGAACUGGGGACAGAGGAGGACAAGUGCCUGGUGCUGUACGCGCUGCUCAAGCUGGGGCUGCUACGUGGCCGUGCUCUGCUCUUCGCUGGUGCCCUGGAGCGCAGUUACCGCCUCCGCCUCUUCCUCGAGCAGCUCGGCCUGCCUGCUGGCCUGCUCAACGCCCAGCUGCCCGCCCGCUCCAGGUGCCAUAUCCUCAGCCAGUUCAACCAAGGCUUCUACGACUACCUUAUCGCCACUGAUGAGCUGGACAUGGUGGAGAGCCAGGCCCAGGCCCGGACCCGCAGGAAAGCCCGCAAGGGCCCCAAGGUUGACAAAGGCCAGGACCCUGAGUUUGGCGUCUCGAGGGGCAUAGACUUCCAGGACGUGGCAGCUGUCAUCAACUUUGAUGUGCCCCCCACCCUCGAAGCCUACGUCCACCGGGCUGGCAGGACGGCCCGUGCUGACAACCCCGGGACAGUCUUGACCUUUGUGCUGCCAUCAGAGUGCCCGCAGCUGGAUGCCAUCGAGGAGGUGCUGGGGGCAGAUAAUGCUGAAGCUGCCAUCCAGCCCUACCAGUUCCACAUGGAAGAGAUUGAGGGGUUGCGUUACCGCUGCCGAGAUGCCAUGCGGUCAGUGACCAAACAGGCUAUCAAGGAGGCACGGUUGCGGGACAUCAAGGAUGAGCUGCUCAACUCGGAGAAGCUUAAGACAUACUUUGAGGACAACCCCCGGGACUUGCAUUUGUUGCGGCAUGAUCGGCCCCUGCACCCUGCCAUCAUCAAGCCCCACCUCCGCCAUGUGCCUGACUACCUGGUGCCCCCCAGCCUACGAAGCGUUGCCCGGCCCCAUCUCAGCAAGCGCAAGCGUCAGCGCCACAAGCCUCCAGCCCACAACAGAGCUGGCUUCCAGUCCCGGGGGACCCGUAACCCUCUCCGGAGCUUUCGCUACCUGGGCAGGAAACCCCGGCGCUUGGCCAAGAAGGAAGAGGAGACGGUGGCCUGACCCAUUGGGCUUGACUGGAUGGACUCGGAAAGAGGCAGACCAGCAG